AUGGCUUCUUCUCCUCCGCCGCGUCACUCUUAUUCUCCAACUCCUCCGCCGCGUCACUCUUAUUCUCCAAUUCCUCCGCCGCGUCACUCUUAUUCUCCAACUCCUCCGCCGUCGUACAUCACUCACCUUCCCAUUGCUCCGUCUUCUCCCUCUCGUUCCAGUGAGAAGGUUCCGGAAGAAGAGGAACCGCGAGUUCCGAUUCAUGUAGUGACGAAAGCUUCUCAACUUCCGGUGGAUUUUCUUGAACCUUCGCCGCAGUCGAAGAUCGUUAUCGGUUUUGAUUGUGAGGCUGUUGACUUGUGUCGCUAUGGAAAACUUUGUAUAAUUCAGCUUGCAUUUCCGGAUGCUAUAUACCUUGUUGAUGCAAUUGUGGGGGGAGAUGUGCUUAUCCAAGCCUGUAAGCCUGCACUUGAGUCUGGUUAUAUCACAAAAGUGAUUCAUGAUUGCAAACGUGACAGUGAGGCCUUGUACUUUCAAUUCGGCAUCAAGUUAAACAACGUGGUGGAUACCCAGAUUGCUUAUUCACUUAUAGAAGAGCAAGAAGGACAAAAGAGAUUGCCAGAUGACUACAUUUCACUAGUUGCUCUCCUUGCAGAUCCACGAUAUUGUGGCUUAUCAUAUGUUGACAAGGAAGAAGUCCGGGUCCUUCUUCGACGGGACCCCAAGUUUUGGACUUACAGACCUUUAUCUGAACAAAUGAUCCACUCUGCUGCCGAUGAUGUCCGUUUCCUUCUCUACAUUUAUCACCAAAUGAUGGCAAAAUUAACUGAACGAUCUUUGUGGCAUCUUGCUGUUCGUGGUGCCUUGUACUGCCGUUGUUUCUGUGUGAACAGUAAUGGUUACGCUGAUUGGCCAUCUCUACCUCCAAUUCCAGAUAUGCUGAAAGUUGAUGAAAAUGGCCCUGAGGAAGAAAUUCUUUCAGUUCUUGAUGUUCCCAAAGGAAGGAUGGGAUGCAUUAUUGGGAAAAGGGGAGCUUCGAUUAUGGCAAUUAAGGAGUCUUGCAAUGCUGAAAUUCUCAUCGGGGGUGUCAGGGGUCCACCCGAUAAGGUCUUCAUCUUAGGACCGGCGAAGCAAGUGAAGAAAGCAGAGGCUAUGUUAAGGGGUAGAUUAUUGUAUACCUGA